AUGGAUACAGAACCCAUUUCCAGUUUCGAGUUCCCUCCUGGAUUUCGAUUUCACCCAUCGGACGAAGAGCUAAUUAUUCACUACUUGCUCAACAAACUGAAUUCCCGUCCACUGCCAGCCUCCGUGAUCGCUGAAAUCGAGCUUUACAACUACAAUCCAUGGGAGCUACCCAAGAAGGCCUUGUUCGGAGAAAACGAGUGGUACUUCUUCAGCCCGAGGGACAGGAAGUACCCAAACGGCGUGAGGCCUAAUAGGACAGCGGCUUCAGGUUAUUGGAAGGCCACCGGAACUGAUAAACCCAUUAUCAGUUCUUCUGGAUCAAAGAGAAUAGGGGUCAAGAAAGCUCUCGUUUUCUACUCCGGUCGACCUCCGAAAGGUGUCAAGACUGAGUGGAUCAUGAAUGAGUACCGAUUGCCGGGCACAACGAGCCGGCAGUCAAGACUAAAAGAAUCCAUGCGGUUGGACGACUGGGUCCUGUGCAGGGUUCGACAAAAAGGCAACAUGUCAAAGAAUGCAUGGGAAGUGCAAUACAACACUACUCCCAGCAAACAGGUUGGAAUUGGAUACCUGCACCAAAUUGAGGAGCUCCCUUCAGCAUACACCGACACUACAACUACCCCAGACAUCAAUCUCACAGAUUUCAAUUUCCCCAAAGAUUGCACUCUACUUGCUUCCCUACUCGCCGGCCAAAACGUUCAUCCCAUUCAAACCGUCUCCGCCACCGCAAACUCUCAUAAUAGUUUCAUCAACGCCACCAACAACUCUGGUGGUUCAGUUUAUGGGAAUGGUUCAGGCAAGAUGAACACCACUCACCACCUUACGAAUUCCCUUUUUGAGGGCUUCUUCAACCCAUCCAAGGGGAAAACUGAUAUGAUUCAUUCCACCAAGACGACAAACAAUGGCAAAAAUGAUGAUGCUGUACCGCGCAACAUGAUGUUGAAUGAUGGUAUGAGCUUCUACAAUCAAAACAGGGCUCGAGGAGACAUCUUCAAGGCUAAUCCACUGAUUACCUUCAUGAAUUUGCAGGAGCUUACUGAUUCUGCUUUCCUGGAGAAAUAUCUGGGGUAAACAGAGCAAGCCAAGGUAUUUUCAGUUGGGUAGAACACGCGGGAGGCUAAAGUCCGUGUG